AUGAAAAAAGAAAGAAGGUUUAGUAAACUCCAGGUUAUCUCGGCUAAGCGGCCUCAGGAGACCGGCCAGUCUUGUCACUGCAUAAGCUUUUCUGCAAAAGUAAAGAAUUUUAGCGUUGGAGGAAGCUUUAGGGAUAACUGGGGCCAGAGAGGAGAGAGGGGUAGUGACUCGGUCAAGGUCACGCAGCAAGGGAGGACCAGAUUUGGGUUCCAGGCCAGAGAUCCUUCACUAAAAGCUGGAGCAAGCCCAUUCAAAGGCGGGGGAGGCAUCUGUCCCCAGGGAUCCCCCCACCGAUCGGGAGGACCUCGUUCCCUCACAAUGAUGCCCACUUCAAGUCUCUCCUUCCCUCCCUCACUCCCUCUGAAUAGGGUCGGUUUGCCAAGCAUCCUGCUCACCACAGGGCUGCAAUACGAGCAGGACGCUUCCUCCCGGCUGGGACCAGAACCCAGAGAUAACAGGAGAAAAGAGGCGGAGCCACAGGGGGUGGUCAGCUUAGCCCCACCCCGAUCACGAUCCGGGGCCGACAGGAAAAAGGGGCGGAGGCGAACUGGAAGCCCCAUCCAUCCGCCUGCAGCCGGGGAGACUCAGAGCCUGGGAGGGGCCUGGGGCCGGGGCCGCCCGCCUCCUUCUUCUAGUCGUCGUCCCGAGCUUCCUCUUGCUCCACCAACCCUCUGCCCUCCCCUCCGCCUCCGCCCUCCUCCUCGGCCUCCAGCCGCCAGCCAACCGCGCGGCCGCUUGUUAAGCCUGGGCUCUACCGUCUCCAUGACGCCCGGCAAACAUUCCGGUGCUUCAGCCGGAGCCACUAACCUCGGGGUUGGGGUACAGGGACUCCAGAAGCAGACAGGGAAGGGGUGGUCGACCACUCCCCCAGCCAGUCGCCACCAUGCCCAUGUUACCGGUAAACAGCCGCAAGCAACCGAGCCUCGGAUUGUGUUUGAUGUAAAUGGAGAUGAUGUUACUCCUCGACCUCUUUGCCAUCUGGAACAUGGAACAGCAAAGCCAAGUAGACUAUUGGCAUCACAAGAAGGAUCACUUGGAUCAGAACAUUUCAUUUCCUACAGCCCUUUUCAAAAUACACUACAUCCUACUAUGUUAGGGCAGCUUACAAGGUCAGCUCUAGGAAGCAGUACAAUUUCUAAGUCAAGUUUAUCUACUACUGAAUCAAUAGCAGAAGACCUAGAAGAACUGUCCUAUAAACGGGAAAGAUUGGCUAGUUUUACAGAUUUACGAGUUAUGAGGACAACACCUGGAAAAACUGUAACAAAAGAAGAGCUGGAGAAGACCAUAGAGAUAAUACUCACAGAGACAGAAACACUGAGACUUUUUAACUUACCAACAGUCAUGGUUUCGGUAGAAUCUGAAGAAGCUGAGAAAGUAAGCCGGAGAAACAAGGAUUAUGAGAGCCUUUGUAGAAAUAGAUUAGGCAAUGACUUGUAUGUUGAAAGGAUGAUGCAAACUAUUAAUGGAGCGCCAAAGAAUAAAGAUGUUCAAUGUGACAGAAUCAUAAAGGAAGACAAAGGCAUAAUGUCUACUACUUGGGAUUUGUAUGAUUCUUAUAAUGCCCUGGAGCUUUUGUCUCUACAAGUAAAACGGUCUACAGUUGAUUCAAGUAAUAGAGCAAGCGUACCUUCUAAAGAUCGGGACCAAAGAGGGCCAGGAAGUACUACAGAAAAAAAUAGUGAAGCUAGUUCUCUAAUGGAUAUAGAAAAUGUAAUUCUGGCUAAAAUGCAUGAUGAUGAAGAAGACCACUCAGAUGCAAUAUUCAAAUCUGAAAAGUUUCAUCAGGACUUAUUUUUUAUGGAACGAGUUCUAAUGGAAAAUGUAUUUCAGCCAAAACUUGCAGCUUAUCGUCAACUUCCUGUUUUAAAAGAACUGGAACCUAAAAAGCCUGAAGACUUUUUAGAAGGUGAAAAUCUUGAAGAGGUACAAAAAGUGGUUAAGAAGGAAGAGGAAGAAGAAAUAGAAAUAGGUGCACAACAAUCAACAAUACCAGCCAAUUUGGAACGACUUUGGUCCUUUUCCUGUGACUUAACCAAAGGCCUUAAUGUGAGCAGCCUUGCCUGGAAUAAAGCAAAUCCAGACCUUUUGGCUGUUGGCUAUGGGCACUUUGGAUUUAAAGAGCAAAAAAAAGGAUUGGCUUGCUGCUGGUCCAUAAAGAAUCCUAUGUGGCCAGAACGUAUGUAUCAGAAUCCAUACGGAGUUACUGCUGUGGAUUUUUCAAUUGGAGCCCCUAAUCUUUUAGCAGUCGGCUAUUACAAUGGCACCGUUGCAGUUUAUAACGUACAGAGCACCAGUAACAUUCCAGUUCUGGAUAGUAGUGAAUCACCUCAAAAACAUUUGGGACCUGUAUGGCAGCUACAGUGGAUAGAACAAGAUCGAGGAACAACAGGUGAUGACAAAAGAGAAAUACUCGUUUCUAUAUCAGCAGAUGGAAGAAUCUCCAAAUGGGUUAUACGGAAAGGACUGGAUUGUCAUGAUUUGAUGCGUUUGAAGCGAACUACUGCCAGCAGCAACAAAAAAGGAGGGGAAAGGGAAAAGAAAGGUGAAGCUUUGAUAUCGCGACAGGCUCCUGGAAUGUGUUUUGCUUUUCAUCCCAAGGACACAAAUAUCUAUUUGGCUGGCACUGAGGAAGGUCAUAUUCACAAAUGUUCUUGUUCAUAUAAUGAACAAUACCUAGAUACCUACAGAGGACAUAAGGGUCCAGUGUAUAAAAUAGCAUGGAAUCCAUUUUGUCAUGAUGUAUUCUUAAGCUGUUCCGCAGAUUGGGGUGUAAUUAUAUGGCAGCAGGAGACUCUCAAGCCAUUUUUGAGUUUUUAUCCAACUACUUACGUUGUUUAUGAUGUUGCCUGGUCUCCAAAAUCAUCCUACGUAUUUGCAGCUGCAAAUGAGAGCAGAGUGGAAAUCUGGGACCUUCGCAUCAGCACUUUGGACCCUCUGAUUGUGAAUGUUGCUAACCCUGGAAUCAAGUUCACAACUGUUCUCUUCGCCAAACAUACAGAUUGCCUUCUAGUGGGAGACAGUGAUGGGCAGGUUACUGUGUAUGAAUUGAGAAAUAUGCCCAUUGUUUCAGAUUCUGGCCGGAGAGAUAUGAUAGAUACUUUGCUUGGACUCAGGCCAAACCAACCAGGAUAAUUCAUCAUUACGAUAUCUUUUUUGUUAUUGUUUAAAGAAAAAGGAACACUGUUUAAUAGCCAAUAGACCGAUUUGUAUGCAGUAAGCUGGGAUUUGGAUUUUAGAAAAAAAAAUGAAUGUAUAACUUCCACUUAAAUUAAUGUAAAUUUAGUGAACUUUUAUUUCAGAGAUGUGUGAUUCGUUUGUAAUCUAAGCUAAUUGUAAGAGUGUUGUUGGGAUUUUCUUAAUUUUUGAAAGAUAUUCCUACUCUGUUUCUUAAUCAUAUUCCAAGUAUAUAUGCGUACUUAUAAAAUGUCUAAAUCUGUUAGAAAAUUAUUAUUUCUUUAGAAGAAAAUCUUGGAAAUUAUUAGAAUUACUUAAACAAACAAAAAUCUUUAUUAAGACAAAGUUUCAUACACUUUUAAAUUUUUUGUUUUCCAAGCUUUCCAAGCUAUGUUUUCCAGGAUUUGUGAAUUAUGCAAGGUGUUAGCAUUAUGACAAUAUUGAAUUCUCAUAUCUAACUUGAAAUCAAAUUUUAUCCUCUUAGAUAUGAGUGCUGAAGCUAUAGCACUUUGUUAGACUGUUUGACAAGCAAAAGACAUGACAGCGAAUGUCUGAACUGCACUGUUUGGCCAGCAGGCAUCAUGCAUACACCCAAUUCAGUGGAAAGAGUUAGUCUGAGGCGUAUCAGUGCAUCCUCCUCUGCAUGCCCAGAAUCUGCUCUGUGUUUUAAGCCCAGAUUUAAGUGAACGCAGAGAGAAAGUAAAAAGUCCCUCAUCUAUCAGGGUGUUAUUUUAUAAUGGGUUCUAGGGCAAGCUUGUGGAAAUAGAAGGAGUGGGAGGCAGCAACUCCUCCAAAUAUAGAUUGCUAGCAAUCUGUUCCAUGCUGUUUGUUUUAACAAGUCCUGGAUUUUGUUAACUGAGGAUGUAGAACAUAUAAACUGAGGCUGUAUGGCUUAUAAAGCAUUCUAAGUGGAGAGGAGAAGAUAAAGCAUUUAAAACUCACUAAACUCUCUGGGAAAAAAACAACCACAUAUAUAUUAGAAACUGCAAAUGAAAUCAGAGCAGUAGUGGGAAGUACCUUUUACAAGUAUCCAUUUUUUCACAAUGUCUAUUUCUUUGGAACCAUCCUUUAAAAAAAAAAAAAGCAAGGCAACUUUUAGGUGAACUGAGAGCUUACAUCAGGUUAUAAAGAUUAUAAAUUUUCUACUGGUAUGCGAGUCAUAAGUCAUUGUGAUUCUUCUCUUUGUCUUUCUGAAAGGCUGGUCUUUCCAUAACAUGGAGCAACAAAAUAAAAACUUGAUUUAAUUGAAAAAAUGUGUUUCUUUUCAUUAGGUAUUUUUGAUCUUUAAAAUAUUUUCACAUAUUUUGCUCUCCUUGCUCACCAAGCCUAAUGAAAAAUUGAGCCAUUUUAUACGUUUUGGAU